AUGACAAGCUCCAGAGUAAUAGCUUUACUCAAGAAACAAUUUGCUCGAUUUGGAAUUCCAAAUGUAAUCAUAUCUGAUGGAGGACCGCAGUUCGUAAGCCAAGAAUUCCAAGAUUUCGUAAAGAAAUGGGGUAUCACUCACAUGACAUCAUCGCCUAUGCAUCAACAAGCCAAUGGCAAGGCCGAGUCAGCUGUUAAAAUCAUGAAGACAUUCUUAAGGAAAUGUGAAGUGGAGAAGACGGAUCCUUACGAAGCAAUUCUUGAACAAAGAAAUACACCAAAACAGGAUACUGGUAUUAGUCCUGCAGAAAUCAUGUUUAACAGAAAAGUGCGUGGCAUGAUUCCACAUUUUCAACAGAAACUCGAGAAACCAGAAACUGAUUCAUUCGUCAGGAAGAGGAAUCAACGCAGACAGACAGUAAAGAAAUCAUUUGACACGAAGUCUCGUGAGCAGAGUGAACUGGUCAAGCAGUAUUCUUCCAGCAUCUAG